AUGGAUGAAGCAACUAUGGCAGAUAAUCAUGUCGACUUAGUCAUGCGAGAUGCGGUAUUGUUUUCACGAGAGGCUCGUCUCCAUGCCGCCCUCCGGUCUAACUUGAAUGCCAUACAUAUCGUCCAAAAUGAACUGCGACUUUUACUGUCUCUUAGCGACCAACAACGCCGCUAUUUAAACUCGAAUGUUGAGCAGAUGGGGGUUCAUUUGGAGGAAAUGGGGGCUCAUCGCCUCCAGUUGUGUACCGAUUACGACCACACUCGUGCUCAGCGCGCAGAUAUCGCGGAACUUAUUCAUGAGCUGCUUAGCUUUUAG